CGAUUAAAAACAAAGCGCUUGUAGACUCAGAUCGAACCCGGAAGUGACGAUAGAUUCAUUCAGCAUCCAAAAAUGUCUGGCUCAGGCCAAAGAGCUUUUGCACAGAAAUUAAAUAAACAGGGUAAUGCUGCUGAAGUCAGAAAACAGAUAUCAUCAACAAUAUUCAAUGAUCUCCCAAGGAGUGUUAGUGGUGUGAACCUAACAGAGUUGACAGGCAGUGUCGAUGUAGCAGAGCCGCCAGAUUUUGAGGAGUUUGUGGUUCAGAACCAGACUUUAGUUGACCGGGACCCAUACCGGGACAGACUUCUUUACCCAGAUGAUGAUGAUAUUGAAGUGCUCUCAUUACCAAAAAGAUGCCGCACAGUGACGCACAUUGUGCCAGAAAUAGGAGGGGAAGUAGAUCCACAUGUAUUUGACUGUGUAAGAAGAUACACUGCGGAUUAUACUAUAGUCAGUCGCAGGUAUCAGCAGUACACACAUAACAGGAAUAUAGACAGAGAAUGUUUGGUCCAGCAAGAAUAUGAGGUGGACAUUGAUGAUGUUUGUGAGCAAGAUAAGGAUUUACCUAACAAGCGCCAGUCUAUUCACAUGAGUGAAACUCCACGUGGAAGUUGGGCAAGUAGUAUAUUUGAUUUGAAACAGUCACAAGCUGAUGCACAGUUGCCUAACUUGUUUGACCGAGUGUCACAAGAAGAGGUGGAUCGUAACAAUGAAAUCCAGCGACAGCAACACCGUCAAGAUACAGUGUUCACUCUAUAUCCACCACAAGACGAGGAGGAACAGAUUGAGAAAAGAGCCUUUGUGAUGGCCCCAACAGAACACUUUGGACACAGAAUUCUUGUUAAAUGUCUUCAACUGAAACUAGAGCUUGAAGUAGAGCCAAUAUUUGCCACAAUGGCUGUGUAUGAUGCAAAAGAAAGGAAAAAGAUAUCGGAAAAUUUCUACUUUGACUUGAAUGGUGACAAUUUUAAACAGAUGAUCAGGUUUCAUGUUCCCCACCAGGACCUCUCUACUACAAGUAAAGCUGGAGUGUUCAGUAUAACAUAUCCCUCACCAGAUGUCUUCCUUGUAAUCAGGCUGGAGAAGGUGCUACAACAAGGGGAUAUAUCAGAGUGUGCUGAUCCUUACAUUAAAGAGGAAAAGAGCAAAGAAGACAAAUAUCGAUCAAAUGCUGCACAGUUUUGUGAGCGUCUUGGCAAGUACCGUAUGCCGUUUGCCUGGACUGCCAUCUAUCUGAUGAACAUUGUUAAUGGAGCGCACAGUUACGAGAGAGAAACAUCCGUCGACUCGAUCAGGUCAGAGUCGGAGAUGACUCGGGCUGCUAGUUUAGAUAGGAGAAGUGGAAUGCAACCAGGACAGUACGACAGCUUCAGAAAGAGACCAAAAGAUGACAUCCUUGCAAGCCGAAGUUAUAGCACCGAGCGUGGGAGAUCAGGUUACGAGAAACGUCGUAGUUGGUCUCCAGACGAUUAUGGUGGAAAUCUCAGUAAUUUCAGACCAGUGACCUUGACUGUGUCAAGUUUCUUUAAACAGGAAGGGGACAAAUUAAGUGAUGAAGACUUGUACAAAUAUCUUAUUGAUAUAAAACGACCAUCAAAUGUCCUAAAGAGAGUCAAAUGCAUACCAGGAACUUUAAAACUUGAUAUAUCCCCAUGCCCAGAGGAGCCUAAACAAGUAUUGACAGCAGAUCUGUGGAAAGUUGAGCCCUAUCCUGAAGAUAAAAAUAAACCCAUCAAAGAAAUCCUGGAGUUUCCCACACACGAGGUCUUCUCUAUGGCCACAACAUACAGAAACUUGCUUUACGUGUAUCCAAGAAGUUUGAACUUUGCCAACAGACAGGGCUCGGCCAGAAAUAUCGCUGUUAAGAUACAGUUGAUGCAUGGGGAGGAGGAAAGUGGAGCAUUACAGGCAAUAUUUGGGAAGUCAAACUGCCCAGAAUUAUCCAGAGAGGCUUACACAUCGGUCACCUAUCAUAACAAGUCUCCAGAUUUCUAUGAAGAGGUGAAGAUUCGGCUCCCAGCUCAUCUUACUGAUGCCCAUCAUUUACUGUUUACCUUUUACCAUAUCAGCUGUCAGACAAAGAAAGGGGAACCAGCGUCAGCUGUUGAAACUCCAGUUGGGUUCACUUGGCUACCUUUGAUGAGGGAUGGAAGACUUCAUGUUGGGGACUUCAUGUUACCAGUAUCAGUAGAGAAAUUACCUCCCAGUUACUCGAUCUUAUUUCCAGACCAAGUGACGUCGUCAAAAAUUCAUACAUUACCUGGAAUGAAAUGGGUAGAUAAUCAUAAAGGGGUGUUUAGUGUGCAAUUACAGUCAGUGUCUACCAUACAUACACAGGAUGACAAGAUUGACAAAUUUCUGUCAAUGUGUAGACUGGCACAAGAGCAAAAGCUUCCACCACGCAAAAAUGAGUCCCAGUUUGAGAGUGAAUUGAAACACAGUCUGAGUGACCUAAUUAGAGCCAGGGGAGAGAACUUGGUUCAGUUCCUGUCUCUGAUUCUGGAUAAAUUAAUUCUAUUAAUGAUUAGACCCCCUACAUUGAGUGGACAAGUCGUGAACACAGGACAGCCAGCAUUUGAUGCAAUGGCCCAGAUUGUACAGAGGGUAAGGGAUAUGUUAGAGGACAAGAAUGACAGCAAUGGUAGAAACUCUGUACUAGCAGCUUAUAUACAGUACUGUUGUACAUUACCCCACCCAGGAGGAGCAAUGCCUGGUCAAAUGGAGAUGAGCAGUGGAUAUGCCACUCUAGGCCGACCAUCAUCCCUGCCGAUCAAUAAACAAGCAUACCAGCGUAGCACAAGCAACCCAGAUCUGACCACACCCACAACACCAGAGGCCGAGAUGGCUGGAUUCUUUAGCAACAGAGCUGGAAGUAUGAGAACUGAAGAGUUUGCCCAUGCCUUUGGUAAAUCAAGGAGAAAGCUUGUCCAUGAGGAAUUUGCUCUGCAGUGGGUGGUAUUGAGUGGGUCUACUAGAGAAACUGCUUUAUCUAACUCCUGGUUCUUCUUUGAAAUCAUGAUAAAGAGUAUGGCAGAGCAUCUAUCAAAGACAGACAGUUUGUGUGCACCUAGACAAAUGAGGUUUCCACCACAGUUUAUAGAUGAUGUACAGUCUCUUGUAUACAUGCUCAUUAAAGACAUAGUGGACAGAUAUGUCAGGGACCCACCAAUGAUCCGCAGUUUGAACACAAGUUUGGCUUUCUUCUUGCAAGAUCUGCUUUCAUACAUGGACAGGGGAUUUGUAUUCCAGCUUGUAAAGCAGUACACUUAUGAGGUGAACCUGAAGAUUAAGUCCCUGACAGACGCCACAAGCUUACGCCUCCUCCACUUGGACUUUCUUCGUAUAAUCUGUGCUCACGAGCACUACUUCACUCUCAACCUGCCAUUUGGAACGCCUCUGACACCUUCAGCCAACAGUAGUAGUCCUACGCCAAGUAUCGCCAGUAUAACGUCCCAGGAUUCCCAGUCCUCAUACACUUCCACCAGUACUAUUACCAACAAAGGCGUGUUCUACGACUUGACGCCAGAGUUCCAGUCACAACAUUAUCUGACAGGGCUGGUUUUAAAGGAUCUAUCACUGGCAUUGGAUACAAAUAACCCUACAUUACAUCACAAAGCCAUCAACGUGGUCGGCAAUUUACUACAGAACCACGACCUUGAUGUUAGAUACACUGACCUUGAGAUGAAAGCGAGGCUGGCCGCUCUCUACCUGCCUCUUGUUGGUAUUACUAUAAAAGCUUUACCGCAGGUGUACGAUCCAAACAUGGAGGGUCGUUACCGGACAGACGAGGAGAUGGACACGAUAAAUCAACGUGUAGCAUUAGCUAUAGCCGGUCAAAACUUGUUCAGCAAAUACAGUGAACCAUCACAGAGUCAUGGUGAUAUCAGUGCCAAAAUAAGGAAAUGCCAGUUGAACGCCGAGGAUACGAGGAACUUGUUGAUCUGUUUCACAUGGGUGUUGAAGAAUGUUGACAAGUCAGUGUUACGUCAAUGGUGGUCUGAUAUGAAAAUCGACAGGCUGAACUGUAUACUAGAGAUCAUUUACUAUGCCAUCUCUAACUUUGAAUACAGGGCUAAAUGGUCCAAUAUUAAUAUGACGAUUAUGCCCCCGCACCUAAGUGACUCGCAGGAGACCCUCGAGGAUUGGAAAGAAAGCCCCACAAGUACAUUGUCGCGCUUAAAAAGCGCCAGUUUGCCAAAAUCUCUGUCCAAAAGUGACUUGUGGGAAGGAAUUCAGCGGAAAUCGCAAGAUUUUCUCAAAGGAACGGGAAUGCUCUAUCGCAGCAACAGUAAAGAUGAUUCACCCAAUCAGGGUAAAAAAAGCAUGGCCCAGUUUUCCCAGCAAACCAUGAAGAAAAGUGUUGAUAUGAAGUCCCGCCUUGAAGAGGCUAUUCUAGGCGGAGCUAAUGCAAGGGCGGAGAUGAUGAGGCGGAGACAAAGUGCCAACAUGAGCUUAUCAGGUGACAGGACACCACCAGCAGUAGGUCAGAGUCCUCUAGCUGCAAUGGAAGGAGGGAAACUAAGAUGGAGGAAAGAACAGGUUCAAUGGAGGCAUUCUCAUGAACCUUUUGAUAGCCCCAAACCUAGAGAUGUUGAAGCAGACGCACAUAUAGAAGGUAACCUUGCAGCAGAAGUCAGCAUGGUUGCCUUGGAUACAUUAGAACUCAUCAUACAGAUUGCCCAAGCUUCAGAGAUGAUGCAACCAUUACUGAGCAGUGCAUUGAGGGUACUUCUACAUGGUCUAGGACUUAACCAGAGUACAUUUGUUCUACAACACAUGUUUAGUUCACAAAGGUCACUUGUUACAAAGUUUUUGGACCUCCUGUUUGAAGAGGAAACAGAACAGUGUGCAGAUCUGUGCCUGCGUCUGCUGCGACAUUGUAGCUCAUGUAUAGGUAACACGCGUGCCCAGGCCAGCGCUUCUCUAUAUAUGCUGAUGAGACAAAACUUUGAACUAGGAAAUAACUUUUCCCGAGUAAAGAUGCAAGUUACUAUGUCACUGAGUUCACUGGUUGGUCAAAAUCAGGAUUUUAAUGAAGAAUACCUACGUAAGUCGUUGAAAACUAUACUGACAUACGCUGAAGCUGACACAGAACUACAGGAGACUACGUUUCCAGAUCAGGUGAAAGAUUUAGUAUUCAACCUGCACAUGAUUCUGUCAGACACUGUCAAGAUGAAAGAAUUCCAGGAAGAUCCAGAGAUGUUGCUAGAUUUAAUGUACAGAAUCGCCAAGGGUUACCAGACAUCACCUGAUCUCCGCCUGACAUGGCUACAAAAUAUGGCUACCAAACAUAGUGAGAGAGGUAACCACGCUGAAGCAGCCCAUUGUUUGGUCCAUGCAGCUGGACUGAUAUCUGAGUAUCUGAACAUGCUUGAAGACAAGACGUACCUGCCUGUAGGCUGUGUGGAGUUUCAGCGUAUUACACCUAACGUGCUGGAGGAGAGUGCCGUAUCAGAUGAUAUAGUGUCACCAGAUGAGGAAGGUAUUUGUACCGGCAUGUACUUCACAGAGAAUGGUCUGGUCGGUCUGCUAGAACAAGCUGCAAGCUGUUUUACUAUGGCUGGAAUGUACGAGGCAUUAAGCAAGGUGUACAGAGUUCUAAUACCUAUACAUGAACAUAACAGAGAUUUUAAGAAGUUGGCACAUCUUCAUGGUAAACUACAAGAGUCUUUCAACCAAGUCAUUAAACAGGAGGGUAAGCGUAUGUUUGGCACUUAUUUUCGUGUUGGUUUCUAUGGGCACAAGUUUGGUGACCUGGAUGGAGAAGAGUUUGUGUACAAGGAACCAGCCAUUACUAAACUACCAGAAAUAUCUCACAGACUAGAGAGUUUCUAUGGAGAUAGGUUUGGACAUGAUGUAAUAUCUAUGAUUAAGGAUUCUAAUACAGUAGAGAGGGAAAAACUUGACCAAAACAAAGCAUUUAUACAGAUCACCUAUGUGGAGCCAUAUUUUGAUUCUUAUGAGUUGAGAGAUCGGGUGACUUACUAUGAGAAAAACAUUAACAUCAAGAGGUUUAUGUAUGCGACACCAUUUACUCUUGAUGGAAGGGCUCAUGGUGAGCUACAAGAACAGUACAAGAGGAAAACCAUUCUAACAACCAAUCAUUUCUUCCCAUAUGUCAAGACACGCCUCUCUGUUAUAAACAGGGAGCAGGUAAUUCUAUCACCGAUUGAAGUAGCUAUUGAGGAUAUUAUGAAGAAGACGAAGGAGUUGGCUAUUGCACUGAGACAGGAUCCACCAGAUACCAAGAUGUUACAGAUGGUAAUGCAGGGGUGUCUUGGUACCACAGUUAACCAGGGACCAGUGGAGGUAGCAAAUGUAUUCCUGAAGGAAGUUGCUGAAGGGAAACAGGUUGGAAUGAAACAUCAUAACAAGUUGAGACUCUGCUUCAAAGAUUUCCUGAAAAAGUGUUGUGAUGCCCUACACAGAAAUAAAUCACUAAUUACACAUGAGCAGAAGGAAUAUCAGAGAGAACUGGAGAGAAAUUAUCAUGUAAUAAAAGGCAAACUUCUUCCCUGGAUAUCCAAUGCAGCCACACUUAAACGUACAAAGCAUCAUAGAAGGGAAGGUAAAGAGUCCAGAAAGCAUCACCAAGUAGCAAGCACAACUCAAAGUUCUUCACAAGUGUAGCUUAAGCCACAAAAUAAAUUUUCAAAUAACAAUUUGCUGUCUUUUAUUUAAGAAAAUGAACAUUUUAAUGGAACCAUAUUCCUAAUGUCAGAAGAGACACCAAUACUACUUGCAUCAAGAUGUACCAUUAUGUAAUCAUACAUAACUGCCAAACAUACUUAAUGGGAUCAAGGAAGAUCUGAAGUUCAUAUUUUAGCGAUGGGAUAUUGUAUAUGUGUUACUAAAAAUAUUUUGUUGUAUUAUGAAGCAAGUAUUUGACUUUAUUUUGCUUGCACAUUUAGGCAUAUAAUUAUGAUUAUUUAUGCAUAUAUGGUCAUUUAGGCAUAUAAGUAUGAUUAUUUUUGCAUGUAUGGUCAUUUAGGCAUAUAAUCAUGAUUAUUUAUGCAUAUAUUGUCAUUUAGGUAUAUAAUUAUGAUUAUUUGCACAUGUAUGGCCAUUUAGGCAUAUAAUUAUUAUUAUUUACACAUGCAUUAUGAUUAAGGCAUGUAUGACCUGGUUUAGACUAUAUACUCCUACUGUUAUUUCAUCUAGUAGCUAAAAAAUUUGGUUUGGUCAUAUAUACCUCAUUUUCUCUUCUUUUUUUCGAUAAUCAAUGAGGUAUCAAGGUACCAAUUUUUUCGACAAUUGUGACACAUUGUGUCAAAUUUUUAUGUGUCAUCUUACGUCAGCUAUAAUACCAAAAUGACACAUUUGACAUUGAAUAUCAUUUUUUUGAUAAAUAAAUAUGAUUAUACAUGUAUGUAUGUGAUAUGAUUUGUACAAUCAUUGGGCAUUUAACAUUUACCCUGCUUUGUUUGUGUAACUUAUUUUUGUUAGUGUUAGCGAUUUUAAGUUUGGAAUACCACCAUUUGUAUAAAGUAUAGGGUUUAGUUAAAGUUGCACUGAUAUAUAGUCUGCCAUGUUUUUUAUAC